AUGACGAACAAGAGCUACCUCGCCUUCCUCGACGAGGGCGCCUCCAAGCUGUCGCAAGCAAAGGUCCCUGGCCUGUCGGCCCUGCCCAGCUUUGUGCCGCACCGCCUGCGCAGAAAAUGGAGAGCCACCAAGUCGCGCAUACGCAGCCGCCAGUCGCCCACGUCGUCCAUCGCCUCCCUCGAGACCUCCUUCUCCCCCGCCGACACCCUGCGCUCGCUGCGCACCCACCCGUGGUCCAUCUACGACGGCCAGUACCUCAUACUGGCCAUCGUCGCCAUAUUCGCCCUCUCCGUGAGCGAGGCCCCGGGCCCCUUUGCCAAGACGUUUGCUGCAGCGCUGCUCAUGGGCGGUCUAGUCCUACCCAUUUCUCGACAAUUCCUCCUGCCAUUUCUCCCCGCCCUCACAUGGCUGCUUCUGUUCUCUAGCUGCAAGUACAUCCCCGCAGACUACCGCCCCGCCAUCUGGGUGCGUGUGCUGCCGGCCAUGGAAAACAUACUCUACGGCGCCAAUCUAAGCAACAUCCUCUCGGCCCACAAGCACACUGUGCUGGAUAUCCUGGCCUGGAUUCCCUACGGCGUCAUCCACUAUGUGUCGCCCGUCGUUGUCAGCGGGUGCAUGUUCAUCUGGGGCCCUCCCGGUACCGCUCCCAUCUGGGCACGCGCCUUUGGCUACAUGAACAUGACUGCCGUCAUUAUCCAGAUCAUCUUCCCCUGCUCGCCUCCAUGGUACGAGAACACCUACGGCCUAGCUCCCGCCAACUAUUCCGUUCCCGGUGACGCUGCUGGCCUCAAAGCGAUUGAUGCGCUCUUCGGUAUUGAUCUGUACACCUCCGGAUUCCACGCCUCUCCCAUGGUGUUCGGUGCCUUCCCCUCGCUGCACUCUGGCUGGGCGACCUUGGAAACGCUGUUCAUGGGACACGUCUUCCCCAAGCUCUUCCCUGUCUACGUUUUCUACACCAUGUGGCUGUGGUGGUCGACCAUGUACUUCUCUCACCACUAUGCCGUAGACUUGGUAGCCGGCAGUUUGCUGGCCGGUAUUGCGUACUUCUGGGCACGUGCCAAGUUCCUGCCCCGCGUGCAGCCAGAUAAGGAAUUCCGCUGGGACUACGAAUACGUCGAAUUCGGCGACCCUCAGGAUACCACCUACACCAUGCUCGACAUCUACGAGGAAUUCCACCCACUUUCAGAUUCGGAUGAUUGGGCCAGCGGCUCCUCCUCGUCGUACUCAACCGGCGGCCGCAGCCCGUCCGCAGGAUCGCGGUCGCCAGUCGACGAUGCACAAAGUCUCUGGGAUGGCGACACCGUAGGAUCCGACACCGAGCCCCUAAGGUAG